AGCAUGAACAAGGGGAGGUUCGGGUGUCUAGCAUUGUAACCUUGUAGGCUGCCUAUUAGCUAGCAUUGCCUCAAAGCAUUCAGAGUUGAACAGAGCCUCCACAGGAGACACCUUCCUUGCCAUUCACAAGGCAUAGCAUGCUUUGUAAUUCUACACUCAGCUGCUGAUUGAGACCCUGCAAGUCCUAAUCUGCCCCUUCAUACAAUCACAGGACAGAGACAUGAGGGGCUAUUGCUAAAGAAUACAGAACAAUGAGUGCACCAGCAGCCACUAGAGUAUUUAUCCUGUCUCUUACCUCUAUCCCUGUCACUUACAUCUUCAAUGCUAUAUCUGCUAGCAAUAGUUACAGUUCCUGGCAUGUGGCUUUGACUGGUGCCGUGAUCCUAGUGUCAAUUGUUGUAUUAUCGCGUCUUCUGGUCUCUCAAAAGCCACCAAAGGAUCCUUUAUUCCAUGUUUUCGCAGUAUUUUCUUUCAGCAGUGUGGUGAGUCUCAUUAUAGGAUUGGAGCAGGAUGGAUUGAUUGAUGGCUUCAUGACAUUCUAUCUCAAAGAGAGUGAACCUUAUCUGAACACUGCCUAUGGCCACAUGAUCUGUUACUGGGAUGGCACAGCCCACUACCUGAUGUACUUACUCAUGGUGGCGGCGAUUGCCUGGGAUCAAAACUACAGAACCAUUGGACUUUACUGGUUUGGGUCAAUUGUAAUGAGCAUGAUUGUGUUUAUUCCUGGAAAUAUCAUUGGUAAAUAUGGAACAAGAUUAUGUCCUGCCGCCCUGUUAAGCUUACCGUAUAUAUGUCUCCCUCUCUGGGCUGGAUAUAGAAUCUACAAACAACCAUCAAGCUUGCAAACCCCACCUUCCCAGAUGGUAGAAAAUAUUCUACAAAAAAACAUAUUGAGGAGACCGCUUGACUUGCUUUUUGCCCUGUACAUUGUUGUGGCAACGGUUUUUAAUUUAUUCAGAGGAAUGAUUGCCUUAGAAUGUCCUACUGAACUCUGUCGUUCUUACGCUCAAUUUCAAGAACCGUACAUUAAAGAUCCCGCUGCUUACGCAAAGCUCCAGAUGUUAGUGUUUCUGUUCUAUUCUGUCCCGUGCAAUCUAAUCACUCUCUACGGACUUCUCGUUCCUGGGUGUGCUUGGAUGCCUGAUCUAACCCUUGUUCAUGCUGGUGGAUUAGCACAGGCACAGUUUUCUCAUGUUGGUGCUUCGCUUCAUGCAAGGACACCUUAUAUCUACAGAGUUCCCAACAUCUCCACAAUUGUGUUUUUGUUGACAAAUGUACUUUAUGGGACCAUUCCACAGCUAUUGGCCUACAGAUGUGUAAAUAAUCCAGAACUCUUCAUAAAGACGAGUUCAUUGGCCAAAGUUGAAUAGCCACAUCCAAGGUAGCAAGUAACACCUCGUGAAGCUUUCCAGGAAAAAGGACUGGUCAUCAAUUUCAAGACUUUUUGAGUUGUGUUUUAUUGUAUCUAUUUGAGGUUAAACUGAGGCUCUCCAAAAAUGCUCAAGAACAUAUGUGGAACUUUGCAUUCUUUUGGAUCCAAAAGUAUCAAUGUUAUCAGAGUAAUUUUAAAUUAAUCUCUGUGUUAAGAUGAAUGUGUAUAAAUCAGGAACCAGGACUUUUCAUACAGUGAAAGACAAAUAAAGGUUUCUAUUGACUAAAAGUAUCAGUCACAUUCAGUAUAACGGAUUUACACAAAGCGUCUUUGUUACAAAUACAAAUCAGAUUUUUAAAAAUGUAAACGAUAUCUUUAGUUACUGCCAAGGAUUCUGGGUUGUGCCAGACAAACCAGUUGUGGUUUUAAAAAGACUGAAAUAAAUAGUAAAUGUGAAUGCAA